AUGUGGUUGAUAAAACAACAGCGUUUCGUGUGCGUUUGGGGUCGACUCCUUGGUCGGUCAGGUUCAGCGUUUCAAAAUCAUAUGAGAAGGCGUUACGCCUGUGAUGCUCCGAGUGAAAUGCCAAAUGUGCAACGUCGGGAACGUUACUUAUUACCUAUGAAAUUCGAUUUCCGUGUCUGGUUCCCCAUGCAUAUGUCUGUACAAUUGAAACGAAUGAUUGGUAAACUGAGAACCGUGGAUCUUAUUAUCGAAGUGCACGAUGCUAGAGUGCCAAUCACUGGACGCAACCCUCAGUUUUAUUCGUCUUUAUAUGCCGUAAGACCACAUAUUCUUGUAAUGAAUAAAAUGGACCUCAUCAGUAAGGACUUAAGAAAACCAAUCGAAGAUUAUUAUCGUGAUAACGGCAUAACGAAUUUAGUAUGGACAAAUUGCAAAAAACGUCUCAGGAAACCACUCACAGACUUACAAAAUACGAUGUUGCGAUGCCUUCGUGAAGAACCACGUUUCAACCGAACUGUGAAAACGGAAUAUCAGGUUAUGGUAAUAGGCAUCCCUAAUGUUGGAAAAUCAUCACUGAUCAAUUCACUACGACUAACAAAUCUUGGAAACAAGCAAAAGGCUGUAGAGGAAGGUAGCAGACCAGGAGUAACAGUACGUGUUCAAAAUCGUGUGCGAAUUCACGAUCAGCCGCCAAUAUACAUACUCGACACACCGGGGAUACUAAAUCCGUUGGCACGGGAUGCAGAUGGUGCAAUGAAACUGGCGCUGUGCAAUCUUAUUUUAGAAAGUGCUACGCAAGUUCACUACGUUGCCGACUACCUGCUAUACUGGUUAAACAAGACGUGUGACCAUUCUUAUGUUAAAUUUUUUAACCUGCAUAAUGGACCGUCAGAUGAUAUACAGAAAGUGUUAUUGGAUAUAUGUCAAUCCAAUGAUAUUCGCUUUAAAUGCUAUAUUGCUGGACAACGAGCUGAACGAUGGGACAUCGAUACGGCAGCCAAAUUGUUUAUCGAUAUGUUCCGGAAUAAUAAACUACGUGACCACUGCUUAGAUAUUGAUUUUCUAUCGGAUUACAUGAAUAAAAAUGAGUAA